AUGUCCAUGCACGCACAAAAGAUUGCCGACGGCGACGUCGCCAUCGAUCUCCACCCGUUCAUACGCAAAUACAACGACGGCCGCGUCGAGCGUAUCCUGCGCAGCAGCUUCGUGCCGGCGUCGGAGGACCCCGCCGCCAGCCGCGGCGGGGUGGCGACGAGGGACGUCAUCAUCGACGAACGCAACGGCGUGUUCGCGAGGCUAUUCCUCCCGUCCGCUGCCCCCGCCGCCGGAAGCAGGAGGAGGCUUCCCGUCAUCUUGUACAUCCACGGCGGCUCCUUCUGCACCGAGAGCGCCUUCUGCCGGACGUACCACCGCUACGCCGCCUCCCUCGCCUCGCGCGCCGGCGCCCUCGUCGUGUCCGUCGAGUACCGCCUCGCGCCAGAGCAUCCCGUGCCCGCGGCACACGAUGAUGCGUGGGCCGCGCUGCGUUGGGUGGGAUCCCUCUCAGACCCCUGGCUCGCCAACUACGCGGACCCCAGCCGCACGUUCAUCGCCGGCGACAGCGCCGGCGGCCACAUCGCGUACCGCACGGCGGUGCGCGCCGCCAGCCGCGAAGGCGGCGACAUCGGCAUCGAGGGGCUCAUAAUCAUCCACCCUUACUUCUGGGGAGCUCGCAUGCUGCCUUCCGAGGCGGCCUGGGACGGCGAGUCGGUGAUCAAGCCGCAUCAGGUCGGCGAGCUCUGGCCGUUCGUGACGUCCGGCAAGGCGGGCAACGACGACCCAUGGAUCGACCCUCCCGUCGAGGAGGUCGCGUCGCUAACCUGCCGUCGCGCGCUGGUGGCCGUGGCGGAGAAGGACUUCCUACGCGACCGCGGCCGCCUCCUCGCCGCCCGCAUGCGCGGCUGCGCGUGGGCCGGUGGCGGCGACGGACGCAACGUGACGCUUGUGGAGUCGGAGGGCGAGGACCACGGGUUCCACCUCUACAGCCCUCUCCGCGCGACCAGCAGGAGGCUCAUGGAGAGCGUCGUGAGGUUCAUCAACGAGAGGAGCGCGGCGGCGGCGGUGGCGGCGACCUCGCCGUGGCCGGCCGGUGUCCUGCCGGAGUUGCACGAGUGCUCGCCGUCGCGCGCACGCAAGGGCAAGAUGUCGAAGGCCCAGCCACUCUUGAGCGUGCCUUCGAGGCCGUACCAGGGAGUAUUUCUCAAUGGGCCGGAUUUGCAAGCUCCGCGUGGCCCAAGUGCCAUGAAGAUCAAUAAUGCAUUGACAGUUGGGCUGGAUAAAGCAUCGAAGAGAGGGUUCGGUUCAUUUGCGACCUGGGCCAACCCUAAUAAUCGCAGGGCAAUCAAGCGCCCUCUGUCAGCAUCAGUUUCACGGAAUAUUGUGGCCAAGAAUUUCUUUUAG